AUGGUUCAGAAUUUGAGACCAUGUGGUUCACAUCAUAAUCAUGUGAUGUUGUUCUUUGUUGUAGCUAGAAACCAGUCCCAAGAGUUGCAAAUUAAGAUGCAGCAAGAUAAGGGUAAAGUUGAAGAGGAGCUGAGGAAUAUGAAGGAGAUAUUGACUGGCGAAAGAGAUAGAGCGCGUGAUGAGCUUAAAGAGAUAAAAAUGGUGGCCGAUGAGUCAAAUGCCAUGUUAGAAGAAGCAAUGUCUAAUGGGAAGACUGCUGAUGUAUUUACGGAACUCAACUCAGUAAUGGAAUCAUUGUCAAAAUCAAAGCAAGAGUUGAAGAUCAAAGAAAAGACUAUCACAUCUUUGAAAGUUGAAGUUGGAAAGCUACGAGAGGUGGAGGCCAAAUUGCUAGAGAACGAUAACUCAUUGGAAAAUCUGAAAAAGGAGUUGAAUAAAGUUAAAUCAACUGAGGCACAUACUUUAGGUUUAUUAUCCCAGAGUAAGAAAAGAAUUCAAGAACUUGAGGCUGAGGUACAGAGAGGGAAAGAAUCAGAAAUGAAAUUGUUAAAUUCAUAUGCCGCUCAAACAAAGCAGCUUGAACAGACCAAGUUAUUGCUUGAAAAGUCGAAGCUUGAGAUUACCUCCCUUCACAAGAGGGUAGAGAAAUGGGAGAAACAUGAUGGGGAUAAGAUUUCAUUGCAAAGAGAAUUAGAAAGUCUCAGGUCUGAACUUCAGUUGGCAAGACAGAACAGAACUCAUGCUCAGGAGAAACAUUCAGCAUCAAAAACCAAGAAUCGACUUGAGGAGACGGAGUUGCUUAAACAUGAAUUGAAGCUAGCAAUUGUGGCAGAAGAGAAUAGCAAGAAGGCAAUGGAUGACUUGGUAUUAGCCCUAUCUGAAGUUGCAACAGAGGCCAGCCAAACAAGGGAAAAGCUCAUGUUAACCCAGAAAGAGCUGGAGCACUUCAAAACGGAGGCAGAAAACUUUCGGGAGAAUUUAAAUAGCAUUGAGAACAAGUAUAGGAAUCUUUUGAAUGUAGCAACCAAAGAAGCUGAUCGAUAUAGAAAAACAACUGAGAGGUUGCGAAUAGAGGCUGAUGAAUCACUUCUGGCAUGGAAUGCAAAAGAGACUGGCUUUGUGGAUUGCAUCAAGAGAGCCGAAGACGAAAAGUCCUGUGCAUUGGAAGAGAACAGUAAACUUCAUGAAUUGCUUAGAACAGCCGAAAACAUGAACAGGAUAUCUAAGCAAGAAACUCAGAAGGUGCGCGAUAUACUUAAACAGGCCCUGAAUGAAGCUAAUGUUGCGAAAGAAGCUGCAGGAAUUGCCAGGGCUGAGAAUUCCCAACUCAAAGAUGUCUUAGAUGAAAAAGACAAUGCCUUGGUUUUCAUUACUCAGGAGAACGAGAACCUUAUGAUUAAUGAAGCUGCAGCUCUCGAACAAAUCAAAGAGUUGAAGCAACUUCUCUCUGAAGCAUCAGAAAGGGAAUUUAAUGUGGAAUAUAAGGAAAACCAACAUAAGCAAAAGUCAGAGAGUGCACAGGAGAAGCAGCACAAAGAUGGCAAGAAACCUAGCCAUUCAUGCAGUUGCCAUCAGCUAAUAACUCCCCAUAAACACAAGGAUGCAGAUGAGAACAGCAGAACUCCUGAUAAACAAAACAAUAAUAAUGAGGAUGAGGGCUCUGAAAAUUCUGAUCCACUUAGGGGAUCAAUAUUUGAUGAUCAAGAAGAAGAAUUAUCAACAGCAAAACCAGAGGACCACGAUCAUCUAGAUGAGCCGGAGAACGAAAGAAACUCUACGAGAAAACGACCAUAUUUACGAAGAUUUGGUGAUAUUCUACUGAGGAGAGGAGGUUCUAACAGAAGGGGACAAGCAGUUGGUGGUGAGGGUCACAGAAAAGAACAGUCAUUAUAG